AAUCAAUGUCAGAGUCACAGAUCACGAGAUUCCAAUUUCAAAAUUCAUACAAAAAUGGCCAACUUAAGAUACACAGAAGAUUACCAUACCUAUUUUGAUCCAAAAACCUACCUUGAACUGUUUUAUAAAAAAUUUAAAGUGGAAGACGAUACGGAUGGAUCUGCGAUGCCAUUUAUUAAAGCAUUUCAUGAGUUUUGGUCAAAUUUUACAGCAUCACCAGACACUGAAGUUCGAUAUCUUGAGUUUGGUGGUGGCCCUUGUAUAGCCAACAUUAUCUUUGCCUGCCCAAAAGUGGAUUAUAUUGUGUUUGCUGAGUAUACCGAAGCAAACAGACAAGCUGUGAAGUCUUGGAUUGCUGGCGACCCGGAGGCUCAUGAUUGGACGGCUCUAAUUGAAAUUGCUGUUCUAGAGCUUGAACAGGGGUGUGGCACGGGUGAGGGCAACAACACCAAAUGUCCUAUGGCCUUAACUGAAAAAGAUAAGCUUGACAGAGUACUAAAUCAUGCCAAUGAAGUGAAACAAAAAAUCAAGUCCAUUGUACCAUGUGAUGUGACCAAAGCAUCAAUAGUCCAACUUGACAGUGAUGAUAUUGCCAAACCAUUUGAUGUUGUGUCCACCAGUUUGUGUCUAGAGGCAUGUGUGUCGUCUGAAGUGCACUACAAGAACACUGUCGCAGAACUUUGCAAAUUACUCAAACCGAACGGUUACCUAUUUAUGAACGGCGUGCUGGAGCAGUCGUUUUAUUUGGUCAGCAAAGAAAAGUUUUAUACCUUUCCCUUAACUGAGAAAAUGGUGAAAGAAGCAAUGAAAGAAGCAGGAAUACAAAUUGAGAAAUUUGUAACAAUUCCGGUAGAUUACUCAGAAGAGUGUGAUUGUAAAGCUUUAUUUUAUGCUUAUGGCAGAAAAUCUGCAGGAAAGUGACAGUCAACACUGCUUGAAUUUUAUAUAAUUUGAUAAUAAAAAUAAUUAUGUAGUUGUAUUAAUUGUCAAGUAUAUAGUAGUAAAAAUAAAAUACCCUUUUUAAAUAAACAAGUAUGCAUAACAUACCCAAAUGAAACUUGAAAGUCAGUAAAAUAUAUAUUAUAUUAGACCAAUGUAUUUCAUAUAAUUUACCUGAACAAUUAUAUUUACAGCAUUAACCUAAGCAAUUAAUAUGUGUAGGGUGCAGUAAUCUUUUAUGAAUAAAAUACUUUAAAUAUUUUGCCUAGCUAGUACUUGCAUGGUCAACUUGGAAUCUUUCCCUGUGGCAAAGGAAAUUUUGAGGAAGCUUAAUUUAUUUUGAUUCAAUUAAUUUCUUGUGUUCUGUGAUUCCUUCUACGACAGAAGUCCAAAGGUUCUGCUGUGCUGAAGUGGAAACAUCACCUAAAUCUUCAAAUUCAUUUGCUGGUAAUUUUUGCUGGUACUUUCUGCAGAAUUCUCCUCAUGAUCUUUCCAGAUCGUGUUUACUGUUUUGGGAAGUC